AUGGAACACGUACCACGUAGAGGUCAAAGUGGCCUUUUCGAAGGCAUCUACAAGGUUUUCAUGCGCCGUACCUCCGUCUAUGCCACCUUCGUCCUCGCCGGUGCUUUUUUCGGAGAAAGGGCUGUGGAUUAUGGAGUUCAUAAGCUGUGGGAGUACAACAAUGUUGGGAAACGCUAUGAAGACAUUUCAGUUUUGGGACAAAGACCAGCAGAAUGA